CUUGCCAUAUAAAUUACAGUAUAUUACUAAAUUAUUUUGUUGGAUCUUAUAUGACGAGAUAAACAAGACAAUAAGGUUGAUGAUUAAGAGUGUUAAUAUCUGUUAUGAACCAACUGAGACAGAUCCACGCCAAUACUCUUAGAAAUGGCACAGAUUUUACCAAAUUUCUGAUAAACAAGCUUCUUGAAUUUCCAGACUUUGUCUAUGCACACAAACUGUUUGAUUUUAUUCCUCACCGUACUGUCUUUCUGUACAACAAGUUUAUUCAAGCUUAUUCUAUUCAUGGCCCUUACAAUCAAUGCUUGUAUCUCUACACUCAAAUGUGCCUUGGACGUUGCACUCCCAAUGAGUAUUCUUACACCUUCCUCUUUGCGGCAUGCGCUUCGCUCUCCGCUCCACACCAGGGGAAAAUGCUGCAUUCUCGUUUUCUCAAGUCGGGUUUUGUAUAUGAUGUUUUUGCUUUAACUUCCCUUAUUGAUAUGUAUGCCAAGUUGGGCUUGUUGGGAUUGGCUCGACAGCUGUUUAAUGAGAUGGGAAUCAAAGAUGUACCCACCUGGAAUUCUUUAGUUGCUGGGUAUGCGAGAAGUGGGAACAUGGAAGCAGCGUCGGAGUUGUUUGCAGCAAUGCCUGCUCGCAAUGUGGUUUCUUGGACUGCGAUGAUAUCUGGGUAUUCGCAGAAUGGAAGAUAUAGAAAUGCGCUAGCUUUGUUUUUGGAAAUGGAGAAGAUGAGAGAUGUUAAGCCGAAUGCAGUCACUGUAGCUAGUGUUCUUCCAGCCUGCGCGAAUCUUGGUGCAUUAGGGGUUGGCCAGAGAAUUGAAGAGUAUGCAAAAGCUGAGGGGUAUUUGAAAAACAUUUUUGUUUGCAAUGGUAUACUGGAAUUGUAUGCAAGAUGUGGUAGUAUCGAUAGAGCAAAACGGAUGUUUGAUGAGAUUGGUAGGAAGCGAAAUUUGUGUUCUUGGAACACGUUGAUCAUGGGUUUAGCUGUCCAUGGAAAGUGUAGCGAGGCCCUUGACUAUUUUAACCAGAUGCAAAGAGAAGGGGUUGCACCAGAUGAUAUCACAUUCGUAGGCACUCUUUUAGCAUGUACACAUGGAGGGAUGGUUCAGAAAGGCCGUGAAUUUUUUAGAUGUAUGGAGCAGAAGUUUCAUAUUAUGCCCAAGCUAGAGCACUACGGAUGUAUGGUUGAUCUACUAGGUCGAGCUGGACUACUGCAAGAAGCUUAUAAUCUUAUAGAAAGUAUGCCAUGGAAGCCAGAUUCUGUGAUAUGGGGAACUUUACUAGGUGCAUGCAGUUUUCAUGGGAAUGUUGAGAUGGCUGAGAAAGCAGCCGAGUCUCUGUUUGAGCUUGAGCCAUGGAACCCAGGAAACUAUGUAAUUCUAUCAAAUAUAUAUGCUAAUGCAGGGCGAUGGGAUGGUGUCGCAAAGGUUAGAAAGUUGAUGAAGGGCAGCCGAAUUAUGAAAACCGCUGGACAUAGUUUCAUUGAAGAGGGAGGACAAGUUCAUCAAUUCAUUGUAGAAGAUAAAUCACAUCCAAAAUCUGAUGAGAUAUAUUCUGUACUCGGUGAAGUUUCAACAAGGAUGAAGCUUAAUAUUACAGAUGACUUGGAUUUCAUGUUCGAAGAAUAAUGAAUACGGGGCAUUACAUUAUUUUAACUAUUAUGUCAAAGUUCUGAUGAGUUAACUCUUUUGAUAUAUUAAAGGUUACAAGUCCUUGCUUCUGAUUCUCAAAUAUCUACUUAAUAUUUUCAAGAGCCAAGGC